AUGUCCUUCAUCACCAAGCGGUGGCGGCAGUUCGUGGCCAACCGGGUGGGCCAGCACGUCGAGUCCGGCUCGUUCCAGGAGAACCUCGACACCUUCAAGGCCUGCUUCCUCACCUCCUACCACCGCCACAAAAGGCACAUUCCAGUCACGCCAGAGAACAAGGCGCUGUUGGAGGACACGAGCGAGCUGGAUGCGGAGAUGACCCGGAUGUCGUACCUCAAGCAGAAGACCGUCGUCCGCAAGGACGUCCACGGGCAGGUCCUCGACCUCUUCAAAUUCGUGCACGAGCUGGGUGGCAUGGACCCGUACCCGCAGCCGCUGAAUCCCGCCAAGGAGGAGUCCUUUGAGGCCGAGCUUGACCAGGUCACCCGCCACACAGAACAAGGUGUGCACGUGAAGGGGCACAUCCUGCCCGGAACGGUGCAUUUUCCCUACACGCUCAACGAGAACGCCAUCAAGGGCAACAACUACAUGUACGGCCGCUACGAUGGUGUGGUCGUGGAUGGCCGCGAUUGGGAAAGGAAAGCGUUCGCGGCCCGCCGAUUACAGACCAGGCUCGAGAGAGUGGGCCAGUCCAUAAAGGACGAGAAGACACUGCUACGGUUCCGGAAUCCGUUCGGCAUCGCCCAGUACAUCAACCACCCUCCGGGAGGCAAACAGCCGAAUGUGAUGUGCGUUGGCUACGAAUUCCCCAACACAUUUCCUGACGAGCUCAAGCCCUACAUUCCUCACGAGCACGUCAAGGAACCCAACAUCUUCUUCAACACGAUGACCGAUUGCUACAUCCGGUCGAUCAUGUGUAUCGCCACCCGGCACAUCACCGAUGAGGAGUUGUUCCUCAACUACCGGUACAACCCGAUCAACCCGUAUCCGGACUGGUAUGUGCAACCCGACGUGGCGGAGGCCGAGCGGCGAUGGAAGAAGCCCAAGGCCUUGGCCAACCCCUUCUGGUAG